AUGGUUUAUAUGUCUUUAUCACUUAUUAAAAAUAUAAGUAUAGAAAUAAAAAACUUUAUGGCUUUUGUAGCAAGUAGUAUUAAUGAUAAUAGAACUUUUGCAGACUUGCUUAAAGAAGUAUUAAAUAGUACUGAUUUAUCAGAUAUAAAUAUUACAGUUGAUUUUUAA